UUUCAGAUUUGAAUUUCAUCACUUCAUUCAUCAAAACUGGAUUUCAUAUCUAUUCAUCAUGAUGGCUCCAAUAAUUACAAAGGACAUGAGGCUGUUUCCAAUACACAAAGUGCCUGUAAAAAACGUUCGGAGUCGUGCUCAAUCUCUUGACCACUUCCAACAAAUUCAAGGCUCCGCUAGCACCAUUGACCGGCUUGUUCCUAUCAAGCCACGCGCCGCAAUGUCAGCUGGAAAUAUCUCGGGUAAAACUUUGUCGAGUCGAACGAAACAAGUUGCUCCAAUCAAGUGUGCUCCGAGAAGUCCUCCAAAAACAAUGCUGUCAAGGAAAUCGACAUUGACUGCAAUUCAAGAAGGAGUGGAGUUGGCCGAUCAGUCGCAAUCUCAUAAAAUUAUAAGCCAUAGUCGGAGCGAAUCGUCGAGCGUCCAAACGGAAGGCACCGCAACAAAAAGUAGCUCCAAAUCGAGCAGCGACGCGAACUUUGAAGAAAACGGUGCGAGCGCGGAAAUUGACGAAGAGACGAAAAAGAAGCAGCGCGGUGUGUUCAAGUGGAUCACUAACACAUUUCGAAAGUCAUCACGGGAUAAAACUCUUGACAAUCGGAGUACUUCCUCUGGAUGACAAUAGCUACGCGGCCAAUAUUUGUUCGGCUGCCAACAUUCCCUUCCUGGCUUAUUAUUCUGUAGAAAUGUUUAAUAUUGUGAUUUUUAUUCCAAAAACCUUUCUCUCAUACUUUCUUGUCAGUUUCUCCACAUUUUCCAUCUCAUCCUCCUCAUCUACACACCGGUUUUCCAUUUGUACAUAUGUUCUAUCUCACAUACUUUGUGACCCAAAUUCCCAGUGCUUUGUUUUAUUUUUACCACUUCGCUAAAUUCCUAAAUUUCCACCGUAGUCUUACUGUGAUGACAACUUUUGUUGAAAAAAAAUCAAAUAAAGGUUUUUUGUCGUUUAAA